AUGGAAACAAAUUGCCUUUGCUCUGUGCAAAAAUAUCAUCAAUGUCUGAUUCAUGGUGAUUUCAUUCAUGUUCCACCAAUUGAACUCAAUGUGAUGAGUUCUCCUUGGCUGUUUGUAGCUUGGGGUAUAGAUAUCAUUGAUCCUAUUAAGCUAGCUGUAUCGAAUAGACACAGAUUUGGAGUUCUAGAGUCAUUUAUAAUAGAUAAUGUAGCUAAUUUCACUAGUGGCUUGAUGCGUGAGAUAGAUGAGAAUUUUAAGAUUACUCAUCAUAAUUCCACCCCUUUCCAUCCUCUGAUAAAUGGUGAAUUUGAGGCCUCUAACAAGAACAUCAAAUGGAUAUUACGGAAUAUGAUUGAUAACUAUAAGCAUUGGCAUGAGAAUUUACCAUUUUCCCUUCUCGGCUAUCCUGCCACUAUCAGGACUUCUACUGGAACAACACCUUAUCUUUUGGUUUAUGGAACAGAAGUAGUUUACCUGUAG